CCGGGCGCAGCCGCGGCGGAGCGGGGCCGCAGGGCCGGCGGGUGACUGUGUCAAAAUUUGUCUUUCAGCCUGAGAAGGAACAAAGCACUGACUAAAGCUAACAGGCAAAAGAAGCAGAGCUAAAGAAAGAUUAUCUCUGCUUGAAGCUGCUGAUUGAUGAGCUUAUAAUGCUACUGCUGCAUUUGCAAUUGAGAAGGGAUGUUGAUCGUAAAAAAGCUUACAAUGGCAAUGCUCUGGAAAUUCAUGAGGGUAGCUAAGUAUUCUAAAACAGCUUUAUCACCAAAAGUAAAGGUAGGAGGAAUUCCCACCCAUUCAAGGCAUUCUUCAUCCAAGUCUGUACCUUCAGAUUUCACUGCCAGUGCCCCCUGCUCAAAUACUGUGGAACUGCUUGGUAAAUCUUAUCCUCAAGAUGACUACAGCAAUGUCACAGAGAAGAUCCUUUCCAAGGUGGGGAAGAACUUGCACAACAGAAAACACCACCCUUUGUGGCUAAUCAAGGAGCAGGUGAAGGAGCACUUCUACAAACACUAUCUAGGACGCCGCGGGACUCCGCUCUUUUCUGUGUAUGAUGGUCUCUCCCCGGUGGUUACAGUCCAGCAGAAUUUUGAUAGUUUACUUAUUCCACAGAACCACGCCAGCAGAAGGAAAGAGGAUAACUAUUACUUGAAUCGUGACCACAUGCUAAGAGCACACACAUCAGCUCAUCAGUGGGACUUGAUACACUCUGGCCUAGAUGCCUUUCUGGCAGUGGGAGAUGUCUACCGCCGAGACACGAUUGAUAACACCCACUACCCAGUCUUCCAUCAGAUGGAGGGAGUGCGCCUCUUCUCCUGCCACGAGUUGUUCUCCAGCAUUAAAGAUGGUGAAGGUUUACAGCUGUUUGAGCAAGGCCAUCGCACUGCACACAAGCAGGAGUGUCACACCAUGGAGGCAGUGAGGCUGGUAGAGUUCAACCUGAAGCAAGUGCUCACAAAGCUCAUGACUCACAUCUUUGGUGAUGGACUGCAAGUCAGAUGGGUAGAUUGCUACUUCCCAUUUACUCACCCUUCCUUUGAGAUGGAGAUCAACUUCCAAGGAGAAUGGUUGGAGGUCCUGGGCUGUGGGGUCAUGGAGCAGCAGCUUGUUAACUCAGCUGGUGCUCAGGAUAAAAUUGGCUGGGCGUUUGGCUUGGGUUUGGAGAGGCUGGCCAUGAUCCUGUACGAUAUCCCUGACAUCCGACUGUUCUGGAGUGAAGAUGAACGCUUCUUAAAACAAUUUAUUGGGCCUCACAUUUGGCAAAAAAUAAAGUUCCAGCCGCUCAGCAGAUAUCCACCUUUGAUCAAUGACAUCUCCUUCUGGCUGCCUUCUGAGACAUACUCUCAGAAUGAUUUCUAUGAUUUGGUUCGAACCAUUGGUGGAGACUUGAUAGAAAAGGUUGUCCUACUGGAUGAAUUUGCCCAUCCAAAGACGAAGAAGGUCAGCCACUGCUACCGGAUCAUUUACCGGCACCCGGAGAGGACGCUAACGCAGGAUGAGGUGCAUCGCAUCCACCAAGCUAUUGAGGAGUCAGCAGUUCGGGAGCUUGGGGUGGAGGGCAGGUUUUAGAACGCUGCUCUGGAGCCCCAAGGACAGUUGCUUUCUUCUUUCUUUUUUUUCUCUUUUUUUUAUUUCUUUUUUUUUCUUCUAUUUUUGGGGAUGGUUUUAGGUCACAAGUAGAGAGAGGGGUUUUGUGACUGAACAUAGAAAGCGACUGAUAAAUGGGCAAUGGUAAAACUGGCAGGUAAUAAACAUUACUACUGAGAAAUCAUUGACGAAGCGCUGGUGCUUUAUUUUAAGAAAUGGGGGAACAGCAGUAAUGUAAGAUUUCCCUCCUGUUACGAUAAGAAAUACACUGCCUGGUGGUUUUCUGUGUUGUUAAUUGGUCCCUGGGUUCCAUUAAACUGUAAAUACUUGGCAUUA